UUCCACUAGGAAGCAAAUGAAUUUGCAAAGCUACAAGUUUUGCUUGCAAAAUACAUUCUUCGGCAUGAAACAAACAAUCUGCCUAAAAUAAAUAAACUUUUCCAAAUCACUUAAAACACACACACACACACCCACACACAUAUAUAUAUACAUAUACUGCUGGCCAUCCAAAAUGCAACACCCUGAAGGAAGCAUCCAAAUCAAGUAAAAUUUGCACCAUGCGUUUGUGGCAAUGAAAUAUGCAAAUGAUUAGCAUUUCAGCACAUAUGCACAUCAUGGGUGCCUGUUGCACCACCUGCAAGCGCUAUAUAAAGAGAGAAUAGAAGGCCAUUUUGAAGUACUGGAAUUGUUCUUUCAUGCGUUUUUUUGGCGUAAGUAGCUUCAGUAUGCCAUGCAGAAGAAAACGAGCACAUCUUUCAAGCAUGUUUCUGAGUUUGACCGAGGAAGAAUAGUUGCCUAUAAGGAUUGCGGAUUAUCCUUCAGAGAAAUCAGUGAUUGUGUCGGAUGUAACCAAGCAACUGUGAUGUGGAUCUGCAACCGCUGGAUGCAGGAGGGAACAAUGGACCGACAGGACCAAUUGCACCCACCUCAUUGCACCACUGCACAUGAUGACAGGCAUAUCAUGAGCAUGGCAGUGAGGUAGCGUUGUGCCACAUCAUGAACCAUAUCACAACAAAUUCAAUCUGUUACUCAACAAUCCGUGUCCACGUGUACCAUUAGACGUCGUUUGCAGCAGAAUGGAAUGUCCACAAGGCAUCCAUUGCCACAUUUACCAUUGAGUCAAAACCACAGGCAUUUGCACCAGCAUUGUUGCAAUGAACAACAGACAUGGACAACCAAAUGGAACAACAUUGUUUUUGUUGAUGAAUCCCACUUCUGCCUGCAACACCACAAUGGUUGGAUUAGAGUCUGGAGACACUGUGGUGAGAGACUGAUGAACUGUUGCCUUAUUCAUUUCCAUACUGGUCCUAGACCCGGUAUUAUGGUUUGGGGAGGUAUUGGAUUCCACUCCUGCACCCCCUAGUACGCAUUGCCGGUACACUGACCAGUCAG